AGGCGUUGGCGUUUCCUUUUCUGUCCGAACUUGGUUGAAGUGUCACCAGGACGCCACAGACGGACUUCACUAAAGUUUCUGCCCCGUUGGUCUCCCGGUCUAGACAUGGCCCCCAGCGCGCAACUGAAGGAGGCGAUAGCCGAUGUGCAGGAGGGGAUCCGUGCCAUCCUGCUCGGGCCACCCGGAGCCGGGAAGGGGACUCAGGCCCCUCGGCUAGCAGAGCAGUACUGUGUUUGCCACCUGGCCACCGGAGACAUGUUGAGGGCCAUGGUGGCCUCGGGCUCGCAGCUCGGCAAGAAGCUCAAGGAGACCAUGGAUGCCGGCAAGCUGGUCAGCGAUGAGAUGGUUGUGGAGCUCAUAGAGAAGAACCUGGACACGGCGCCCUGCAGGAAGGGCUUCCUGUUGGACGGAUUCCCUCGCACAGUCAAACAAGCAGAGAUGCUGGACGACUUGUUGGACAAGAGACAUGAGAGCCUGGACUCGGUGAUCGAGUUCGCCGUCGAUGACUCUCUGUUGGUGCGCAGGAUCUGUGGAAGACUAAUUCAUCAGCCGAGUGGCCGCUCUUAUCACGAGGAGUUCAACCCCCCCAAAGAGCCCAUGAAGGAUGACCUGACCGGCGAGCCGCUCAUCCGCCGCAGCGACGACAACGAGACGACGCUGCACUCCCGCCUGGACUCCUACCACCGGCAGACAGUCCCUCUGGUCAGGUACUACAGUGCCAGGGGCCUGCACACGGCCAUCAACGCUGCCCAGAGCCCGGAUGUCGUCUUCGCCUCCAUUGUGGCCGCCUUCACCGCCGCCACGGAAAUCCCCGCCCGAGCCGUCGCCUCUGGUUGAAUGCUGAGCUGCCACAUUUCCCCCCAAGGCGAAGGAUUGGAUUUAACAAAAGAUUUCGGGUGGGUUGAGAGACAGAGGUGGUGGGGGGGGGGGUAUCAGAAAAUACAGGGAAUCCUUAGACUUAUAAGAAGUUGAGGUUGAUUUUGCGCUGCUGUGGGGCUCGUAUUUGUCUAAUUCCUCAAAUAAAUCUCAUGCUUUCCUACAGUACAA